CAUUUUCCAUGUACCUUUUCACAACUACUGGUCUCACUUUCAUCGGUCUUGUCUUGUAUUUGAACCGGGCAGUUUGGAGGAAGACAUACUGUAGUAUAAUCUUUGAAUACCCUGGAGUGGACUUCGAGGCAAGACAGUUUGAAUUCGGUAUGGAGCUGUUCGAAACCCCAACAGUUAGACUGAGUCUCUACGACAAGGAAACCACCAUUGUGGAAAUCGCACAGGAGAGGACCAGGAGCAAAACGGAGCCGAAUCGUACGGAUUUGGAAGAUCCAUUCAUUAUUUAUGACCUGGGUGACGCAGUGUGCAAGGACAAACAAUGGAAGGAGUCGCUACCCCAAGUUCAGAUCUUCUUUGCUGUAAAGAGCAACCCGGAUCCCGUGUUCCUGCGGCUUAUGAUUGGACUAGGCAAAGGCUUCGAUUGCGCCAGCAGAAAAGAAAUAGAGACGGUGCUUGAUUUAGGAGCAAGUCCAGAUCGCAUAAUCUUUGCUCAUCCCUACAAACAGGAAUCGCAUCUACGCUUUGCGAGGGAGAAAGGGGUCAGGCUUAUGACCUUUGACACAGAAGAGGAGCUGCACAAGGUCAAACGUGUAUACCCGGAGGCCAGGCUGGUACUUCGCGUUGUCUUUGACGAUGCUACUUGUGGCCUGGAAAUGGGGGUCAAAUUCGGAUGUCGCAACAGUGAAGUGCGCCCUUUAAUGGAGCUUGCCAAGGAUCUGGGACUUGGCAUUUACGGUGUAUGUUUUCAUAUCGGUAGCCAGGCCGGCAACCCUCGGGUUUUUCGCGAGGCUAUCCGAUACACCCGGCCAAUCAUCGACGAGGGUAGACGCCUGGGUUUGGACAUGAAGCUGCUAGACAUUGGCGGGGGAUUCCCGGGCAGACUGUAUCCCGAGGAACCCUUCGGAAAGUUUGCAGAGGCAGUCCGCGAGGCCCUGGAGGAGAACUUCCCUCCAAGUAGCGGCGUGAGUGUCAUAGCUGAACCGGGAACAUUUUACACACGUUCGGCUGGGUAUUUAGUGGCCAACGUCAUGGCCAAGCGGAUUUACAAGCCGAGAGGGAACAAGGACACAUACCACAAUGCAAAUGGCUCCACCGAUAAGGCAAUAUGGAUGUACUACUUGAAUGUGGGAGUCUUCAAUGCAUUCAACGGCCCGUUGGCACAGCUCGUUUCGACUUUCUUCGAAGUUCCCGAGCCGCUUCAUCCAAAGGAUUCUGGUGAAAAGCAACAGUUGAAACCCUCCUGCCUUUGGGGACCCACGUGUCAUCCCCACGAUGUCAUAUUCGAGAAAUGUAUGAUGCCAGAGAUGGAGAGCGGGGACUUCGUCAUGUUUCACGAUAUGGGAGGUUACAUAACCUCAUGUGCGUCUGGAUUUAAUGGCUACGAGGUCCCGCCAACGUCUUACAUUGCACCGAAGGAAUCUCGACCACUUCUAGAGAGGAUAUUCUCAGCCUAGACGAGAGAAUUCCUAUUGCUGAUACGAACAACUUGGAGUACGCGUGCCUCAGUGCCUUCGAUUGAUACUAAUAACAUUUACAUAAAAUUGGGUGGUAGAUGUUGCAACAUGAACCAGACAGACGUCGAAGCAUGAACCGGCUUGAUAACACGUGGUUAAGGUUCAUCUUGUUGGCCUGCAGCUGCUUAGAACGUACCGAAAUAAUUAUGCAGCGAGCCAAAAAAAAAAAAAAAAAACCGUGUACGAUGGAAUGCUAGUCUUGUGUGUUUUCAUUGAUCAAAUCUUAUCGUAUUGUAGUGUAAGGUGAUAUGCCAGGUCCUUGUUUGUUCCGUCGGCCAAACGCAAACGGAAAACAAACAAACGCACUCAAUUUCGUGCAAUAUCAAACACACUAAUUUAUUAAACGUCAGCAACUUCUCUAUCUCUAAGCACACUCACUGAACUCAGUCCUUUGUCUCCCCCAGGCUAGACAACUUACAAAGGAGUCAAGCGCUUUUACACAAUGUACAACAAAUAACUUGCCCCGGUGUCUGGCCAAACCCUUCCUGAGUAACUGAACAACAGAACGAUAACAGAAACAGUUUCUUUGUAGAGCCUAUUUCUUGAGCGCGCGCUAAACAAAGGAACGUAUAGGGCAGCGGACCUGCAAACCAGACAAUGCCGGAGGUAUAGCCUACCGAUAUACCGGCACUGGCUUAUGACAAAGAAAAGAGAAAAAGCUUCCUAAAGUGUCCGUUGGGGUAUUUAACAGUUCAAAGUAUGAUUGGCACUAUAUUUCUUGUCUUUCAAGUAGUAAACCUUUUUUUAAAUCUACUAAUUGUAUGUAUUUCGAUGGCUUCUCGGAGCCAGUCAAAUUGUCACUAAUAACAGCUUGUCAUGAGGGAAUCUAGUCACUAUAUCCGAUAUUAUUUAAAAGAUUACGUAUUUCUUGCUUUAACGA